GUUCGACCAGUAGUAUAACAGCAUUCCCAAGUCGAGUACUUAGCAAAUGUCCGGAUCCAGUAGAAACAGUUCACAGAAAACCAGGGCAACUCAUCCAGAACAACAGGUGCUCCUUUGACCACACUCAAGUUAGUUUUCGAUCAAUGGGUCGGUAAGGAUAGGCAGACUCUAGCCCAUGUACGUACUUCAUGUCCGACCAAAGAAUCUCCAUACCCAGGACCGUGGCCGGUCUGGGCUAGCACGUCCAGGUUAUGGUCCGACACGUGAUCUUACAUAAAAGUCACGUGUUCCAUGGGUUGAUCCUUGGUACAUGGUCCAUGGCUUGGCGUCCUUUGGGAAAGCGAACACUCUUAUUACCAGUAGUCUGUCGUUUAGCCUAGUUGAGCAGCAACAGAGAAGAACGACAUUGUCGGAAGGUGCCUACGUAAUCCUUACGGCAAUGCAGGGCUGCAUGCCGUUUGUCGCACAAGAAUUUGAUCCAGUGUGGUGUUGGGCAUCAUUAGCGAGGAUCCACUCUCGUAUGUUCACCGCCGUUUCGAGAGCUCUGCAUUUUAGCUCUGAAUCGGGGGCAUCGAGGCCUCGUGAUUGUCGUGUCUACAAACACCGCAAGGGCAGUGUGCUACGUGUCUCGUAUCCUGGGAAGAUUAUCCUUGGAGGAAAUGUGGUCCUGGUAGAACUGAAGAAAAGUGGCCUUGUGGUUGUCCUUUACCGGGGCGGUAAAUCAUAUGGAAGGUAUCCUGUGGCAUCCUUUGGGAGAUCCAUCUGGGGCUGUAGUGGCGGCGAACAGAAAGAGAAGAAAAAUCAAACAGUAGGAAAGAAACACAUGAUUGUAGCAAGACAGGCGGCAACGUAACAGCAAGACUGAAAGGAAAAGGUGAAGGUCAAAGCAAAACAGGUUGGGGGAG